AUGGGCUUUAAAUCAGCCGCCACAAACAAAAAGGGAAACGAAACCGGUAAGAAGAGGAAGCACAAAGAGGCUGGAAUCAUACCGGAAGAAAAGAAAGCUGCGACUGUACAAACGGUUAAGCCGAUUAAAGAAGCAGCACACGGUACGACAAUAGACGAUUCUGAUGAUGAUUUUGACAACCCACCUUGGAAAAAAACAAGGUCAGGUGCGGGUCAACAAGUAGUUGAAAAAACACAACAACCCGCAUAUGCUACAUCAAUCAAAGACUCUAAAACACACAAGAAGCGACAACCGGUAAAGAAUUACAUACCACUUGCUGAUGGGAAACUAACUAUGCGAUUGGCUCUUAAACACAUGGGGGAGUUAAUGGAAUCUUUGAACGAAAAUCAACGGGGGGCUGUCCGAAACAUAGGUUUCGGGUCAAUACUUAGCUUUCGAAUGGGUCCGAUUCCCUCAACUCUGAGUUGGUGGUUGGUAAAUAAUUACGACACUAAAACACGGGUCUUGAAUUGCGGUAGCCACCACAUUCAAAUAACAGAGGAAUUGGUGCACGAUGUGUUCGGAGUACCGAGAGGGAACGAAGAAAUAAAGGAAGUAGCGAGAGCAAGGGCUGAUUUCCACGAGGUUGUGGCAGAAUGGAAAGCACAAUUCGAAAGUGAUCCUGCACGCUUGACGCCUGUUCAGUUCAAAACAUACAUGCAGGGGCAACAAGCGAGCGGACGGAUCUUUGUGUUGAACUUUUUGUUGUUCUACAACACACUUCUGGGAGAGACAACUACGAAUUCAUCAAUUAAUAUGAAGUUUUUACCAGCAUUGCAUCGAGGGAAGGAUAUCAAAAGUUUUAACUGGUGUGAGUACAUGAUCAGGUGUCUGGAUCGAACGGUGGAAGCAUGGACACCAAAGGAGCCCUUCCUUGGACCAAUGCCAUUGCUAGUGGCUGCGUUGAUACGUGACCAGAAGAUAUACAAAGAAGGUGAACAAAGAGCAGCGCAUCUCAUCGAAGAUAUCAAUGAUGACGAUAUCGAGGCAGUGAGCAUAAAGUUGGACUCGGUCAGAUUAGAUCAAAUCUUAGUGGAAGAGUACGAGUUGCAACCGGAACAAAGGUAUCCAUUUGCAAAAAAGAGUGAUGAUGACAUCGAAGCAGAAGUAGUGAAAACAAAGAAAAAAGAUGAACCGAAGGCUGAAAAACACAUUACCAAGUGUGUUCCGGAAAAAAAGAAAAAAACAUUCGUAAAGCCGGCCGGUAAAGCACAUGGUAAACCUCCGGUCUCACCGUCACCGAAAAAAAAACAGACAGCAAAGAAGCUGCCGAAAGCCGGAGAGGCUGGGAAGAAGAAAAUUUUAAAUGAAAGUGGUCCGGAAAAUGCGCGUGUUGUAGAAGAAAUACCGGUUAAUGCGGGUUUCCAAACCGAUUUCGCAGAUUGCAUGAAUGAAGAAGCUGGCCAGGAACGAGUGCCUAUUAUAGAUACAUCCGAUAUAGAAAGAUACUACCGAGAAACCGGCGAGUGGGGACAAACACAACAAAGUCAGCCGGGAAUUAGCUCAUCUAUGGCAUCUCAAUAUGGAUCGACACCAGCGACACAAAGCGACGAGGUACAUGCGGGAAUGUUGGAGGUUUUCUUGAAUCAAUUCGACGAAUGUGUAAAAAGGAUAACCGACACUUUUACAGAAGGUUUCCAAUUGUACCCCCAAAGUGAAAAAAUCAAAGAAGUACACAAAUUGUGGACAGAUAAGUUGAAAAAGGUCGGAUCAACGUGUACGACAACCGAACAACCACAAACUCCUGAUGAUAAAACACCGGAAAAAGAGGCAAAUAAGGAGAAUUUGGAUAUGUCACAGUUGUCGCAGUGGACACCUUCAUUGGCCGAAGAGGUAUGCAAGACGGUUGACAAGACAACCACGCAGACGACUCAGCUUGCAGUAAUUGAGCCGCCCGCACAGAAGACUCAGGUUGAAGAAAUGGAGAAGACCGCACUCGCCGUCACACCAAUCUCCCAAAAAACACAGGAAGAGUACGAAUAUACAAUUAGACGUGGGCGGCUAAUACACGAUCUGGACCUUGGAAAGCCGAAAAUAAGACCGGAAAGACAAACAGAGUUGACCGAUGCUCUAAGGUCACCUUACGUGAAGCGGGCAGUGUCGAUUAAGGCAAAGCUUGAAAACGCUGAGCUCUCCGUCAGCUCAUACAUGUUUUCAGCCUGGGGUUCAAUGUGGGAUGUUGUCUUCAGAACUAAGAAAGGAGUGCCGGUGAUGAGAUCUCCGCUCGAAUCAUUAUUGCCGGGAAUCGAGGUGCACAUAUUGGUAAUAAGCGCGUGGGCGGAUUUGUUGAAUUACGAAGAAAAAUUCAGGCUAAAGGGGAGCAUCGCACGCCUGUUCUGUUCAGUCAAUAUGUUGAAUGAAGACGACUACAUUAAAAAUGCAAAAUCAAGAGCAAAAACGUUCGGAGACAACAUGGAACCGGUUUUAGUUUCAGCUGAUGUCAAAAAGAUACCUGAACAUGCCCUCAUCUUUGUACCAGUCUUACACGAAGCUCAUUUCUAUUGUGUAUGCUUUAAUUUAAAGGACAUGAAGGUAGAAGUUUUGGACAACAGCGCUAAGGAUGUGAUCUGGGAACCAACCUAUCUAUGUCAUCAAGCAUCUAUACCUUAA